UGUAGAACGCAACGCGAGUUGAAAUGCACAGCGGUAGCGGUUGUAUGAAUUCUGUCGGAACAUAUCAGCUGAUCUUUAGGUCGUUUUUUUUCGUUGACUUUUAGACUAGAUUCAUUCAACUGAACACAACUAGUUUAUUACCAACAUAAAAAAAGAUCACCUGUAAAAUGGAUUGUUCUUCUGAGGCGGUGCAGUUGCUUUCGGAUGAAGCCACCGCUCCAUUGGAAUUGAAAAAAGGAAUGUCCAUAUUCCUGGAUAUCUUAAGAAGAGCAGAUAAAAACGAUGAUGGGAAGUUGUCGUUUGAUGAGUUCAGAGCCUACUUCCAUGAUGGAGUUUUGACAUCCGAUCAACUGAAGGAGCUCUUUAACACCAUAGACACUCACAACACAGACAAUGUGGACACUGACGAGCUGUGUGAGUACUUCUCCCAGCACCUUGGUGAAUACGAGAAGGUCCUGGCAGCUCUGGAGGACCUCAACAUGACAAUACUGAAGGCUAUGGGCAAGACCAAGAAGACGAGGCCCAGUAAAGCCUGAUGUGCUGUCAAUCCAGUGGUCAGGGAGAAGAUCCAACCGAAGGCUUCAAAGAAAUAACAGUCUGUCUCCUAACAACCCACUACUCAGCCUGGUCAACUCCGGUCUGUAUGACGAGGACAACCAAUGGAUGACUCAGGUCAACAGACUCCAGAAGCUUAUUGACCGGCUAGAGAAAAAGGAGGUUCGUAUGGAGCCAGUUGAAGAGGAGGUGUUGGAAGGAAUCACCAAAUCACACAUCCUGAUAGUCCAGAGACAGCUGAAUGUGUUGGAGGAGGAGCUGGAGGAGUUCCGCCUGGCUCUCAGGCAGUACAUGGAGUGUGCCUGCGCCCAGACGGGCUGCCUGCAUGUGGCAGUUCAGCGACUGGCUAAUGAGUCCCGUUUCAUCCUGUACGAGUUCUGGGAACACAACCACGUGUGGAAGAACCAUCUCCAGACAAACUACAGUAAGACUUUCCAGAGAGGUAACGUGGACUUCCUGGAGACACCAGAGCUCAUGACCACCAUGCUGGUGCCUGCCUCCUGGUGGGUCCUAAACAACAACUAAAUGACAUCACGCCAGGCCGACUGAGGACCGCUAUCGAUCAGAAACGUAGUUUGUAGUCUAUCGUCUAUCAUUAGCAUUGGGAAGAAGUGCACACACACACACACUCACGCACGCACGCACACACACACACAAUACGGUCAACUUGUACUGUGAAGUCAUUCUGAAUUAUUAUGUAUCAGACCUUUGUGUCCCUUCCUCAUUAGCUGUGUAUUGAUGAUGCUGUGUCAUGCUCCUAGGUGUUUACCCUGUUAGGAUGAUGCUGUGUCAUGCUCCUAGGUGUUUACCCUGUUAGGAUGAUGCUGUGUCAUGCUCCUAGAUGUUUACCCUGUUAGGAUGAUGCUGUGUCAUGCUCCUAGGUGUUUACCCUGUUAGGAUGAUGCUGUGUCAUGCUCCUAGGUGUUUACCCUGUUAGGAUGAUGCUGUGUCAUGCUCCUAGGUGUUUACCCUGUUAGGAUGAUGCUGUGUCAUGCUCCUAGAUGUUUACCCUGUUAGGGUGAUGCUGUGUCAUGCUCCUAGAUGUUUACCCUGUUAGGAUGAUGCUGUGUCAUGCUCCUAGAUGUUUACCCUGUUCGGAUGAUGCUGUGUCAUGCUCCUAGGUGUUUACCCUGUUAGGAUGAUGCUGUUCCACACUCCUAGAUGUUUACCCUGUUAGGAUGAUGCUGUGUCAUGCUCCUAGGUGUUUACCCUGUUAGGAUGAUGCUGUGUCAUGCUCCUAGAUGUUUACCCUGUUAGGAUGAUGCUGUGUCAUGCUCCUAGAUGUUUACCCUGUUAGGAUGAUGCUGUGUCAUGCUCCUAGAUGUUUACCCUGUUAGGAUGAUGCUGUUCCAUGCUCCUAGGUGUUUACCCUGUUAGGAUGAUGCUGUGUCAUGCUCCUAGGUGUUUACCAUGUUAGGAUGAUGCUGUUCCACGCUCCUAGAUGUUUACCCUGUUAGGAUGAUGCUGUUCCAUGCUCCUAGGUGUUUACCCUGUUAGGAUGAUGCUGUGUCAUGCUCCUAGGUGUUUACCAUGUUAGGAUGAUGCUGUUCCACGCUCCUAGAUGUUUACCCUGUUAGGAUGAUGCUGUUCCAUGCUCCUAGGUGUUUACCCUGUUAGGAUGAUGCUGUUCCAUGCUCCUAGAUGUUUACCCUGUUAGGAUGAUGCUGUUCCACGCUCCUAGAUGUUUACCCUGUUAGGAUGAUGCUGUGUCAUGCUCCUAGGUGUUUACCCUGUUAGGAUGAUGCUGUGUUAUGCUCCUAUGUGUUUACCCUGUUAGGAUGAUGCUGUGUCAUGCUCCUAGAUGUUUACCCUGUUAGGAUGAUGCUGUGUCAUGCUCCUAAAUGUUUACCCUGUUAGGAUGAUGCUGUGUCUUGCUCCUAGAUGUUUACCCUGUUAGGAUGAUGCUGUGUCAUGCUCCUAGGUGUUUACCCUGUUAGGAUGAUGCCGUGUCAUGCUCCUAGGUGUUUACCCUGUUAGGAUGAUGCUGUGUCAUGCUCCUAGGUGUUUACCCUGUUAGGAUGAUGCUGUGUCACGCUCCUAGGUGUUUACCCUGUUAGGAUGAUGCUGUGUCAUGCUCCUAGAUGUUUACCCUGUUAGGAUGAUGCUGUGUCAUGCUCCUAUGUGUUUACCCUGUUAGGAUGAUGCUGUGUCAUGCUCCUAGAUGUUUACCCUGUUAGGAUGAUGCUGUGUCAUGCUCCUAGAUGUUUACCGUUAGGAUGAUGCUGUGUCAUGCUCCUAGGUGUUUACCAUGUUAGGAUGAUGCUGUGUUAUGCUCCUAUGUGUUUACCCUGUUAGGAUGAUGCUGUGUCAUGCUCCUAGAUGUUUACCCUGUUAGGAUGAUGCUGUGUCAUGCUCCUAGAUGUUUACCCUGUUAGGAUGAUGCUGUGUCAUGCUCCUAGAUGUUUACCGUUAGGAUGAUGCUGUGUCAUGCUCCUAGGUGUUUACCAUGUUAGGAUGAUGCUGUGUUAUGCUCCUAUGUGUUUACCCUGUUAGGAUGAUGCUGUGUCAUGCUCCUAGAUGUUUACCCUGUUAGGAUGAUGCUGUGUCAUGCUCCUAAAUGUUUACCCUGUUAGGAUGAUGCUGUGUCAUGCUCCUAGGUGUUUACCCUGUUAGGAUGAUGCUGUGUCAUGCUCCUAGAUGUUUACCCUGUUAGGAUGAUGCUGUUCCACACUCCUAGAUGUUUACCCUGUUAGGAUGAUGCUGUGUCAUGCUCCUAGAUGUUUACCCUGUUAGGAUGAUGCUGUGUCAUGCUCCUAGAUGUUUACCCUGUUAGGAUGAUGCUGUGUCAUGCUCCUAGGUGUUUACAUCAGCAGAGAUUCCAGGCAUGUGUCUCAAAUGGCACCCUAUUCCCUAUAUAGUGCACUACUUUAGACCAGAGCCCUAUGGAACCCUAUUCCCUAUACAGUGCACUACUUUAGACCAGU